AUGCCUGACGACAACCUGGCCAUCAUCCUCACGCUCUUCCUGCUCUUCCUCGUGAUCGGCAUCGGCGCAUACUUUGGGCGCAAGUGGAUCAAGGCUUUCACAACUGCCAUGGUCCAGGCCAAGCAGGCUGAACAGGCAGAGAAGAGAAAGCGCGUUGCCGACGUGUUCAGCAGUGUCGCAGAGUCGUACGACCGCAUGAACGACUUGAUGUCCUUCGGCUGGCAUCGCGUAUGGAAGUUCGUCCGCCCGUUCCCUGAAGCCCAACCUGAGCCGCUGAGUCUGUUCCCAGAUCACUACGUAUCUUCCCUCAACCCCGGAUUUUCCUCGGACCCAUCCCACCCCCCAGCCCAACACAUCCUCGACAUAGCCGGCGGCACGGGCGACAUCGCCUUCCGGCACCUGAACCACGCCCACGUGGUGAACCGCAACCCGAAUGUCCGCGUGACCAUCUCAGACAUCAACCCAGACAUGCUGGCGGUAGGCAAGCAGCGGUCGCAGGCGCUGCCAGCAGGCCAGCAGGCGGCCCUGUCCUUCCUCGAGGCCAACGCCGAGGACCUGCGGUCCGCGGGCGUCCCGGACGCGAGCGUCGACCUGUACACGGUGGCCUUCGGCAUCCGCAACUUCAGCAACAUCCCCGCGGCGCUGCGCGAGGCGCACCGCGUGCUCAAGCCGGGCGGCGUCCUCGCCGUGCUCGAGUUCAGCAAGGCCGACCGCUGGACCCCGCUCUUCGCCGCCGCCUACCGCCGCUGGAGCUUCGGCGCCAUCCCCCUCAUCGGCCAGCUCGUUGCCGGCGACAGGGACUCGUACCAGUACCUCGUCGAGAGCAUCGAGCGCUUCCCCUCCCAGGACGAGUUCCGCGACCUCAUCCUCGACGCCGGCUUCGUCGUUGGCGGCGAGGGCUAUGAGAACCUCACGGGUGGCGUGGCGGCUAUACACCGGGGCAUGAAGCCAAAGGAGUGA